AUGACUAAGACGAUCGUAGUAUUGGGCGGCGCCUACGCCGGUGUGGGUGUUGCCCAUAGACUGCUGAAAUAUACGAAACCUCAUGUUAAGGAUUUAAAAGUUAUCCUUGUUUCCAAAAACAGCCAUUUCUACUGGAACCUGGCAUCCGUGCGUGCUAUUGUUCCGGGCGCCUUGAAGGAGGAGCAAUACAGCCAGCCCAUCGAGAAAGGAUUCGCCAAGUACCCAGCAGACUCUUUUGAGUUCGUGGUCGGCAGCGCUGAGGGCGUUGAUAUCACUGGCAAGACCGUCAAAGUGUCAACACGGGAUGGUGGCGAGCGCGUGCUAAACUACGACCACCUAGUUCUAGCAACAGGCACGCGCGCCGUCGACGGCACCGUGCCUUGGAAGAGUAAUGGCACGCACGAACAGGUUACCGGACUCGUAACACAAAUCCAAGACAAGGUUAAGACUGCGAAGCAUAUUGUAGUUGCAGGUGCAGGCAGCACGGGAGUCGAGGUGGCCGCCGAGAUUGCUUUUGAAUACGGAAAGGAGAAGGAAGUCAUUCUGCUCUCCGGUGACGAAGAGAUCCUGGGUGGCGACAGCCUGGCGUCCAACGUAUCCAGCGAGCUGAAGAAGCUGGGCGUGCAAGUACGGAAAUCAGCCCGUGUCGAUGCGGCUCACUCCACGCCCGAGGGCAAGACCGAAGUUGUGCUGCAGAGCGGCGAGAAGAUUCUAACGGACUUGUACUUGCCUACCAUGGGCAUGCGGCCUAAUACCGAGUACCUGCCCGUAGACUUGCUGACGGACAAGAAAUUCGUCGACAUUGACGAAUUCUACCGCGCCAAGGGCACCAAGGACGUCUGGGCAGCAGGUGACAUCGUGUGGAAGCCUCGUGGUAGCUUCGUGCUUUCGGAUAAACAGGCUGCUGGUGUCGCCAAGAACAUCGAUCUCGUCCUCAAGGGCAAGGCGCCUACUCCCGUCAAGACGCUUCCGAUGGACGUUCUCAUGGUAGCCACUGGCCGAAGUCGCGGAGCUGGUCGUCUGGGCCCCGUUAAAGUCUUCUCCAUCAUGGUCUACAUAAUCAAGGGCAAAACCCUCGGUAUCCAGUCGCUACCUGCUUACGUCGACGGUAGCGCCUUCUAG